AUGAGCAGUGGAAUGGGUACGGUAUAUCGAGCGGUAACGGGAAUCGCUCCACCGUACGUCAUGUACAAUACCACGACUGGUAGUUUUUACGGAUAUUGCAUCGAUCUACUAAACGAUAUUGGAUCGCUAGCGGGUUUCGAUUACACCAUCAGAGAAGCGUACGAUGAACAUUACGGGCACAGAGAUCCGCGCAAUGGCAGGUGGAACGGCAUGGUUGAUGAACUAAUAAAGAAUAUAUCAGACAUCGCUGUGGGACCGAUAUGGAUCACGUCUGACAGGGCGCAGGUAGUGGACUUCACCGUCCCGUAUCAGGGACCAAGCGGCUUCGCGAUAAUGAUGCUAAAGAGAAAGAGGCAGAUCCCGUUCCUUCGUUUCUUAAUGAUCCUGGAGAUUGAAGUCUGGCUGAGUUUCGCGUUCGCUUUCUUCUUAACGAUACUUCUGUUAUUUAUCUUGGAAAAGUACUCGCCCUUUAGCUACCGUAACAAUCAACAGAAAUAUCGAAACGAGCCGGACGAUCGAUUCUCCUCCUUGAAAGAGUGCUUGUGGUUCGCAUUCGCCUCGCUCACUCCCCAAGGAGGAGGGGACAUCCCUAAAAAUUUAUCUGGGAAACUGGCAGCGGCGAUCUGGUGGCUCUUCAGCUUCGUCAUCGUCGCCGCGUACACGGCCAAUCUCGCGGCUUACGAGACGCUCGAAAGAUUGGAGAGGAGCAUCGACUCCAUGGACGAUCUUACGAAACAGUAUCGAGUUCGUUAUUCCACCUUGGCCAAUUCUUCCACGUUCAGAUACUUCCAUGGAAUGAAAGAAGCGGAGGACAUGCUUUACCAGAUGUGGAGACAAAUGACUCUAGAUGAAAAUACACCCGAGUGGAACAGAUCCAAGUACGCCGUUUGGGAUUAUCCCUUGGAAGACAAGUUCACCAAGAUGUAUUACGCUAUGGAUGAAGUGGGAUUUGUUCCUAGCGUGGAGCAAGCCGUGAAGAUGGUACGGAAUGUAAACCGCACUUACGAGUUCGCUUUUAUAGCGGAAGCUAUGACCAUAAAAUAUCUGAUGCUGACGAGCUGCGACUUCAGACAGGUCGGCUAUGAAUUCAGCAAGAAACCGUUCGCCUUCGCCGUGCGGAAAGAUUCCCCGUUGAAGAAGAAAAUUGACGAUGCGAUCGCGUAUUUGGCGAUGAAGAGAAAAUUAAACGACUUGGAAAAAAAAUGGUGGGACGAGAACCCUAUCAGGGCGAAUUGCCCGGCCGAUAAGGACUUCAACGCGGGAUUCGGGCUCGACGAUUUAGCAGCUGUGUUCUUGCUAAUUCUCGUCGGCGUAUUGCUCGCGAUUUUGACAUUGUGCCUUGAGUACUUGUGGCAUUUCUAUGGACCACGACAAAAUAAAAAAGUCCGUCUGUUUGCGAGGAUGUUAUCGACCCAUGAAAAAUCGAAAAUGGGAGGAAAAUCAAGGAAGUAA